AUGAAUGAUCAUCUAUAAAGAAUACAUAAUGACACCAUUAAUAGUGCUUACGUCUCCUUUGCUAAACGCUACAAACCCAGAAAUGCCUCUCUAGCUCAAUAGCAUGAUAUUAAUAACAUUGCAAUAUAAAUUUAACCUUCUAAGAAAAGAGUUAAACCUCGAUAUUUGACUCCAACCAGAAAUGUUCAGUCAUUCCAAGACCGCAUUGUCGCCUUGCCAGUCAUAUCUUCAAGCCCAAAAAGUAAGUAUUACGUUUCCAACUUAUUCGCUCCUCCCGAUUGCAAACAAAAGGAUCCCUACUUUAAGGAUUGGAAUUAAAAAUUUGAACAUUUAGUUUGUGGAACCCUUCGUAAAUUCAACCUCAACCAAGAGCAAAAACUAUUUAACUAAUCAUUCACACCAGAGGAGCAACUCUAAAUGAUUAAAGUAUUCAAAGAAAAACCACCAUAUUAAUUUACAAAAAAAAAUAAAUAGCGAACAUCCAAAAACAAGGAUCUUGACGAAGAUUUCGCUAUUCACGAUAUAUCUUAAUAUUUUUAUAAACUCUAGGAUUGA